AUGAGUCGCUGGUUCAGUUUCGGUACAACGAAGGAGGUUGAGCCUCAAACUACCCGGGCAUUGCCCGCGUCAUGGUAUCGCUCCUCGGCCAUGUAUGAACUGGAACGACGAGCCAUCUUUUCCAAGAAAUGGAUAGCCGUAUCACACCAGGCAAGAUUCGCCGAAGUUGGUGAUUUCCUGCGUAUCACCCAGGCUGGCUUUACCUUCUUCUUGAUCAAAGACCGUCAAGGCGAGAUCAGGGCCCAUCACAAUGUCUGUCGACAUCGGGCAUUUCCGCUGGUAGAGCAAGAUGCAGGACGAGUCAAUAUUCUAUCUUGCAAGUAUCAUGGCUGGUCUUAUGGACUCGAUGGUAAAUUGGCCAAGGCUCCAAAAUACCAAGAGGUUCCAUCAUUCGACAAGUCAACCAACAAUCUAUACCCAAUACAUGUGCAUAUCGAUAAGCUCGGAUUCAUCUGGGUCAAUAUGGACGCCAGUGCUACCCCCACUGUCGCUUGGGACGACGACUUUGCUGGCGUUGACACUCAACCACGUCUUCAGCCAUUCGACAUGGCGGCCUAUCACUUCGACCAUCAGUGGGAGAUGAUUGGGGACUACAACUGGAAGACCUUAGCAGAUAAUUACAACGAAUGCUACCACUGUCCAACUGGACAUCCCGCACUCAAUGCCCUCACUGACCUGUCAAAAUACUGGGUUGAGACAUCUGGUGGUCAUAUACAGCACUUCAAUGUCGACAAGCCCGAUAAAGAUGGCAUGGGUAUCUACAGUACUUUCUACUAUCCCAAUGCAUCCAUCACGAUCUCCCCUACCUUCUUCUACAUCAUGCGCUGCAUCCCCAUUUCCGCAUCGCAAACUAAGAUGGAAUACGAAGUCUACAGAAGCAACAGUGCUUCAGACGAAGAUUUUAAUGAGAUCAGCAACUGCUUCAAGCAAAUCCUCAAAGAAGACAAGGAUCUCUGCAAUGCGGCGCAGAAAAACCUGAACGCUGGUAUUUUUGUCAAUGGCGAACUUCAUCCUCGAGUAGAAAAGGGCCCCCUGUUCUUCCAGGAAACUACGAGGAAACUCGUCAUGGAACACCAUCAGCAGGAAGGGCAUGAAGGACAUGAAGUCUGGCCAGCGGCACCGAAGAAUGGGCAGUCAGGGAAUGGACAGGACGAUAUUGACUUCUGCAAUAAGUUAGAAGCAUGUGCUGGGUCGGAUAGUUCCAUGUGGUGA